GGCGGGCGGGUGCAGCGCCUGCUCUUAUCCUCCCUACUUUUCCACUCUUUCCCUUCUCUUCUGAAUCCUCCACUCGGGACCCCUGUCUGUGAAAUCCUUCGUCGCUCUCCUCACCCUUUUCUCUAAGUUUUAACCGUCCUUCCCCCUAUUUCCUGGAGCCAAUGCGAGACAUUGACUCCGAUUAAGCGACGUGCACGCGUUGGGGUCGACGAGUGGUGAUGGAGAGCGCCCCCUCGCGGGGUGGCCUGAACCGAGCACACCUGCAAUGCAGGAAUCUGCAGGAGUUCCUCGGGGGCCUGAGCCCUGGGGUGCUGGACCGACUGUACGGGCACCCUGCCACCUGUCUGGCUGUCUUCAGGGAGCUCCCGUCUUUGGCUAAGAACUGGGUGAUGCGGAUGCUCUUUCUGGAGCAGCCUUUGCCACAAGCUGCUGUGGCCCUGUGGGUGAAGAAGGAAUUCAGCAAAGCUCAGGAGGAAAGUACAGGGCUGCUGAGCGGCCUCCGGAUCUGGCACACGCAGCUGCUUCCUGGUGGUCUCCAGGGCCUCAUCCUGAACCCCGUCUUCCGCCAGAACCUCCGCACUGCCCUUCUGGGUGGGGGCAAGGCCUGGUCUGAUGACACAAGUCAGCUGGGACCAGACAAGCAUGCCCGGGACGUCCCCUCCCUGGAUAAGUACGCCGAGGAGCGAUGGGAGGUGGUCCUGCACUUCAUGGUGGGCUCCCCCAGUGCGGCCGUCAGCCAGGACUUGGCUCAGCUCCUCAGCCAGGCGGGGCUGAUGAAGAGUGCUGAGCCUGGAGAGCCGCCCUGCAUCACCUCUGCUGGCUUCCAGUUCCUGCUGCUGGACACGCCCGCCCAGCUCUGGUACUUCAUGCUGCAGUACCUGCAGACGGCCCAGAGUCGGGGCAUGGACCUGGUGGAGAUCCUCUCCUUCCUCUUCCAGCUCAGCUUCUCUACUCUGGGCAAGGAUUACUCUGUGGAGGGCAUGAGUGAUUCUCUGUUGAACUUCCUGCAGCACCUGCGUGAGUUUGGGCUUGUUUUCCAGAGGAAGAGGAAGUCCCGGCGGUACUACCCCACGCGCCUGGCCAUCAACCUCUCGGCGGGCGUUUCUGGGGCCGGGGGCACUGCACAUCAGCCAGGCUUCAUUGUCGUGGAAACCAAUUACCGGUUGUACGCCUACACAGAGUCGGAGCUGCAGAUCGCCCUCAUUGCCCUCUUCUCUGAGAUGCUCUAUCGCUUCCCCAACAUGGUGGUGGCGCAGGUCACCCGGGAGAGCGUGCAGCAGGCCAUCGCCAGCGGCAUUACAGCCCAGCAGAUCAUCCAUUUCCUAAGGACAAGGGCCCACCCAGUGAUGCUUAAACAGACCCCUGUGCUGCCGCCCACCAUCACAGACCAGAUUCGGCUGUGGGAGCUGGAGAGGGACAGACUCCGCUUCACCGAGGGCGUCCUGUACAACCAGUUCCUGUCGCAAGUGGACUUCGAGCUGCUGCUGGCCCACGCGCGGGAGCUGGGCGUGCUGGUGUUCGAGAACGCGGCCAAGCGGCUCAUGGUGGUGACGCCGGCGGGGCACGGCGACGUCAAGCGCUUUUGGAAGCGGCAGAAGCACAGCUCCUGAGCGCGGCGCCCCGGGGGCUUGGCGGGCGCGGGGGUUCCCGUGGGGACGCGGCUGCUCAAUAAAGUCGUGGAAGUGCUCCUCGCGCCUGUGCGAGCCCUCCCGAUGCCGCAUUGGCCUCUGGCCCCUGUUCGACCGUGGGGGCUGAGGCCCUCCCGGGGCCUCCCCAAGUCCCAUCCCCUUUCCACCCAGUCGGAGCCCUACGGGCCCCCCGCCUCCCGGAGGAACCGCGAAGCCAAACAGAAGCGCCUGCGAGAGAAGCAGGCGGCGCUGGAGGCCGGGCUAGCCGGGGAGAGCCAGUCCCCCGCAGAACCCGGCAAGGCCUGGACGCCUAAAGAAAUCGUGCUGUAUGAAGUCCCCACGGAACCCGGGGCGAAGAAAGACGUCUCCCGGCCCCUGCCCGCUGCUUACAGCCCCCGCUACGUGGAGGCGGCCUGGUACCCGUGGUGGGUGCGAGAGGGCUUCUUCAAACCCGAGUAUCAGACCAGGCUGCCCCAGAGCACCGGGGAGACCUUCUCCAUGUGCAUCCCCCCUCCCAACGUCACCGGGUCCCUGCACGUCGGGCACGCACUGACCGUGGCCAUCCAGGACGCUCUUGUGCGCUGGCACCGGAUGCGUGGGGAUUGCGUGCUGUGGGUCCCUGGCUCAGAUCAUGCAGGGAUUGCUACCCAAGCUGUGGUGGAGAAGCGGCUGUGGAAGGAGCGGGCGGUGAGGAGACAGGAGCUGGGCCGGGAAGGCUUCCUCCGGGAGGUGUGGCGGUGGAAGGAGGAGAAAGGGGGGGAGAUCUGCGGGCAGCUCCGAGAGCUGGGGGCCUCCCUGGACUGGGACCGGCAGUGCUUCACUAUGGACGCGGGCUCCUCGAUGGCUGUGACGGAAGCUUUCGUGCGACUCCACAAGGCAGGGCUGUUGUACCGCGGCCGGCAGCUGGUCAACUGGUCGUGCGCUUUGAGGUCAGCCAUCUCGGACGUUGAGGUGGAGCGCCGGUCCCUGCCUGGCCCCACCGAGCUCCGGCUGCCCGGCUGCCCCACCCCUGUGACUUUCGGCCUCCUCGUCUCGGUGGCCUUCCCCGUGGAUGGAGAGCCUGACGCAGAGGUCGUGGUAGGGACCACGAGACCAGAGACGUUGCCUGGAGACGUGGCCGUGGCUGUUCAUCCCGAUGACGCCCGAUACACACAUCUACAUGGGCGACACCUUCGUCACCCCUUGACAGGGCAGCUUCUCCCCCUCGUCACAGACUCUGCUGUCCAGCCGCACAUGGGCACGGGGGCGGUGAAGGUGACUCCAGCGCACAGCCCUGCUGACGCCGAGCUGGGGGCCCGCCACGGCCUGCGCCCCCUGAGUGUCAUUGCGGAGGAUGGGACCAUGGCCCCCGCCUGUGGGGCCUGGCUGCAGGGUCUCCACCGCUUCGUGGCCCGGGAGGAGAUCCUGUCCGCGCUGAGGGAGCGGGGCCUGCUCCGGGGCCUCCAGAGCCACCCCAUGGUGCUGCCCCUUUGCAGCCGCUCCGGGGACGUGGUGGAGUACCUGCUGAAGAGCCAGUGGUUCAUCCGCUGCCGGGAGAUGGCGGACCGCGCCGCGCAGGCGGUGGCGUCGGGGGCCCUGGAGCUGAGCCCAUCCUUCCACCAGAAGACCUGGCAGCACUGGUUCUCCCGCGCUGAAGACUGGUGCAUCUCCCGGCAGCUGUGGUGGGGCCAUCGGAUUCCAGCCUACCUGCUCGUCGGGGAGCCCGGGACGGUGGGCCACGGGGAGGACUGCUGGGUGGUCGGGCGAACGGAGGCCGAGGCCAGGGAGGCGGCUGCAGAGCUGACAGGGAGGCCAGGCGCCGAGCUGACCCUGGAGCGCGACCCCGAUGUCCUGGACACGUGGUUCUCUUCAGCUCUCUUCCCCUUCUCUUCCCUGGGCUGGCCCCAGCAGACCCCAGACCUCACGCGCUUCUACCCCCUGUCGCUUCUGGAGACAGGCAGUGACCUCCUGCUGUUCUGGGUGGGCCGCAUGGUCAUGUUGGGGACCCAGCUCACGGGGCAGCUCCCCUUCAGCAAGGUGCUUCUGCACGCCAUGGUCCGGGACAGGCAGGGCCGGAAGAUGAGCAAGUCCCUGGGGAACGUGCUGGACCCUCGGGACAUCAUCCGAGGGGCGGAGCUGCAGGUGCUGCAGGAGAAGCUGAGGGAUGGGAACUUGGACCCCAAAGAGCUGGCGAUCGCGGCUGCAGCGCAGAGAAAGGACUUCCCUCAUGGGAUCCCCGAGUGUGGGACAGAUGCCCUGCGCUUCGCUCUGUGCUCCCAUGGGGCCCUGGCGGGGGACCUGCACCUGUCUGUCUCUGAGGUCCUGAGCUCCCGCCAUUUCUGCAACAAGGUCUGGAACGCCCUGCGCUUCAUCUUCGGUGUCCUAGGCGAGAACUUCACGCCGCAGCCUGCAGAGGAGCUGUGCCCCGCGUCCCCCAUGGACGCCUGGAUCCUGAGCCGCCUGGCUCGCACCGCCCGGGAGUGCGAGCGCGGCUUCCUCACCCGGGAGCUGCCCCUCGCCACCCACGCCCUGCACCACUUCUGGCUCCACAGCCUCUGUGACGUCUACCUGGAGGCCGUGAAGCCCGGGCUGUCGCACGGCCCCCGCCCGCCUGGGCCGCCUCAGGUGCUGUUCUGCUGUGCGGACGUCGGUCUCCGCCUGCUGGCCCCCUUCAUGCCCUUCCUGGCUGAGGAGCUCUGGCAGAGGCUGCCCCCCGGGCCGGGCGGCCCCCGCGCCCCCAGCAUCUCUGUUGCCCCCUAUCCCAGUGCCCAAAGCCUGGAGCGCUGGCACCGCCCCGAGCUGGAGCGGCGCUUUUCCCGGGUCCAGGAGGCCGUGCAGGCGCUGAGGGCCCUCCGGGCCACGUACCAGCUCUCCAAGGCCCGGCCCCGAGUGCUGCUGCAGAGCUCAGAGCCCGGAGAGCGUGAUGUCUUCGAGGCCUUCCUGGAGCCGCUGGGCACCCUGGGCCGCUGCGGGGCUGUGGGCCUCUUGCCCGUGGGUGCAGCCGCCCCCUCCGGCUGGGCCCGGGCCCCGCUCAGCGACAGCGCUCAGGUCCACAUGGAGCUGCAGGGCCUGGUGGACCCGCAGGCCCAUCUGCCUGUGCUGGCCGCCCGAAGGCACAAGUUGCAGAAGCAGCUGGACGGCCUCGUGGCCCGGACCCCGUCAGAGGGAGAGGCCGAGGCUCGGCGGCAGCAGAGGCUUUCUGCCCUCCACCUGGAAUUGUCGAAACUGGACCAGGCGGCCUCGCACCUCAGGCAGCUGAUGGCUGCGUCUCCCAGCCCCAGGGAACCGUGAGCCCUCGCACCUGGCGCUUCUCCGCCCGCCCAGACCUGCUGUGAGGACAGACGGAGCCUGCAGCUGCUGGCAGGGGCCUCGGAAACCACAGGUGCCCCGCGCUCCCGGGCGCAGACCGGCGUGGCCCCUCGAAGCGCGCUCCUGCCCGCUGCCCGUGCGCCCCUGGAAGCUCUGGCACGAGGAGUGCAGAUAAACGCCGUCUC